CUGACAUCCUCCCUUUAUUCUGGGCUUUUUGUUUGUUUUUGUCAUCACAAGAGAAAAGCUCCUCCAGGAACUCCUACAGCAGAGCAGUGUGUGCGACACAGCAGUGAUGACAGAGAAGGAGAGGUGUCCCAAAGUGGAGCAGUAUGUUGGUGAAAUUAAAGGCGGACUGAGACCUGCCAUGAGACUCACUGUCAUAGGAAUGGUACCUUCCAACCCCAAGAGCUUUUCAGUGACUCUGCUCUGUGAUCCAGUGGAUGCAAACAAAGAUGUUGGGAUGAUAUUCACAGUUAACUUUAGCGAGAAGUCCAUCACACGAAAUGCACGAAUUGAUGGGAAGUGGGGGAUAGAAGAGAAGAAUAUACCCUACUUCCCAUUUAUAGCAGGGGACACAUUUAAGAUGGAGCUCUUAUGUGAACAUCAGCAAAUAAAGGUCUUGCUAGAUGGACGACAGCUCUGUGACUUCACUCACCGCAUUCAGCCCCUGAACCUGGUGAAAGCUUUGCAGAUCACAGGUGAUGUCAAGCUUACCAAAGUGGCUUAAAAAAAAGAGUUCAUAAUAUUACCAGGGGACGGAAACAAAUGCACUUUCUUCUGUCUGAGAGAUGUUUUAUCUUUUUCUCCUCAUUGAUGUUGGAGAACGGGAACUGUCUUUUCUCAUUUGCUGAUGAAAUACACUUUUUUUUUUCUCAUCCGUGUUCAAAAAUUGCAGAGAUAUGGCUGGUCCAGCUAAGUCAGAAGACCUAUACUGAAAUACUUUCUUGGUCUCCCAGAUUAGAAUACUAUUGAUGCUAGGCAGUGUCUCAUAUCCUCUUGGUUCCCUAACCCCUCAGGUAAGCCAGCUAAUGGAGCCCAGUCUUUUGUGGCGGCUGUUAGUCUUGUUAGUGACUAGAAUUGAGUGGCGGGCAAGCAGUGGGAUUAAGAAAGGAGAAGUGGGAAAUAUCUUUGGAAGUCAAUAAGAGAGUCUGGAGGCUCCCAACAAGGCUCAUGUUAUCAGAAGGGAACUGCUUGCUCAGGAAUGUCCGAUCAGUCAGCACAAAUCUAUAUGUGUUUCACAGUACACAGUAGUAGAUGCCUUAGCACCAUCCCUAUCUGUUGCAGGUAGAGUUCUCAGGAACUGAAAGGUUUCAACAGCUGUGGAUUUCACAGCCUUCUCUGGACCAGCCCUAUGUAAUUGUAUCUGUAGCUGAAACUGUGUCAUCCAUUUUUGCAUAUGAUUAAAACUGUCUUUGCUAGCAAA